AAAAAUGCCAGAAAAAAAGGGCGAUCACAGGGAAUGGGACAAUCCAUGUAACACUGCGGGGGGCAUCAGUCAGUUUGUUCAUUAUAUGUGAUGGGGUCAGUGGGAAGAAUGUCCCUGACAUUAGGGGUCAGUGGGAAGAAUGUUCCUUACAUUGGGGAUCAGUGGGAAAAAUGUCCCUUACAUUGGGGUCAGUGGGAAGAAUGUCCCUUACAUUGGGGAUCAGUGGGAAGAAUGUCCCUUACAUUGGGGGUCAGUGGGAAGAAUGUCCCUUACAUUGGGGAUCAGUGGGAAGAAUGUCCCUUACAUUGGGGGUCAGUGGGAAGAAUGUCCCUUACAUUGGGGGUCAGUGGGAAGAAUGUCCCUUAUAUUGGUGGUCAGUGGGAAGAAUGUCCCUUACAUUGGGGGUCAGUGGGAAGAAUGCCCCUUACAUUGGUGGUCAGUGGGAAGAAUGUCCCUUAUAUUGGUGGUCAGUGGGAAGAAUGCCCCUUACAUUGGUGGUCAGUGGGAAGAACGUUCCUUACAUUGGGGGUCAGUGGG